GCUGUACCUCCAAUGAUGCGUGAUCGUUUGGUGUAUCAUAUUUUGGCGUUAAUUUUGCACUGUGAUAAUUUCAAGACAAUUGUGGACGAUCUUGCAGUCGAUUUGAAGAUGAAUUGUGAACGUAUGCGGCGUUACUUCCUCUACAUGGGUUGUCGCGUGACCAAAGAGGAGAUCAAGGUGAACGGUGAACAGGGCGUCCGAAUGAUAGCAACUCUCACUACACCGGUCCGAUUUCCAGAUCCCGCGUUGCAGAAAAGUCGACAAAAAUCGUUCUUAUCCUGA